AUGACAGACCAAACCCCCACCCCGACCCUAACCCCGCCAACAACCCCCCGCCCAGCCCUUGCCGCAGACCCCCUAACCAUCCUACACGACCUGCACGCCUCCGAACUUAUCCUCCCCGACUCCCCCUCCUACCAGUCCUCCAUCCAAACCUGGGCCGUGCAGAAACAGCAGCAUCCGCGGCUUGUCGUGCGCCCGGCCUCGCUCACCUCCCUGUCCAAGCUUAUCGCGCACCUGUAUACCACAGACCUUGACUUCGCGAUUUACGGGCAGGGCUUCUCCUCUGCGUCUGCGAGGGAUGUCGUCGUUAACAUGUCUGCCUUUGACGACUUUUAUUUCGAUCCGGCCGCUGAGACAGUCACGCUUGGGGCGGGGCAGACGUGGGGGGAUAUAUAUGGAAAAUUAAGAAAGGUUGCGCCGGGGUAUGCGGUCGUCGGCGCCCGGACGCCCUCCGUCGGCAUCGCGGGCACGAUUGUCAGCGGGGGGUUCUCGUGGCUAUCCUCUGAAUACGGGUGCAUCAGCGACGAAGGCAAUAUGCUCGAUGCGCGGGUUGUUAAGUACGAUGGGAGUGUGCUUUGGGCGUCCAGUGAGCCGGAGUUGCUGUGGGCGUUAAGGGGUGGAGGUGGGGGGUUUGGAGUAAUCACGCACGUCAUCCUAAAAGCCUUCCCCUACCCCCAAGACAUCUGGGCCGGUCCGAUCCUGGUCCCACGGGCUCGUCUCGACGAUGUCGCAAGUGGAAUCGCCGCAUUCCUGGCUAAGCCCGUCGACCCGAAGAUCACGAUGUUCCUGUACGUCGUCAAGGGAAAAGUCCUCGCGUCGAUCCUCGGCGCGAAGGGAACGACGAACGCAGAAGAUACAGAUACAGCCAGAGAAAUGCUAGUGAUCCACGCCUUCGACGCACGCGGCGAAGACCACGGCCGAGAAAGCUUCGCCUGGGCACUCCGGAUCCCAGGGGCCAUUGACCAGACGUGCUGCAUGCCGUUGGCGGAGGUUGCAAGCUUACAAGGUCCGUACUUCUUCCCAAGGUUCCAUCCCCCGAGCAGUUCGGAUCAGAACCCUACCUACCUGUGUAGCCCUAGGUACCCUAUGGUAGUCCGUGCUGGAGCGCUGACGAGCCCACUCUUACUCUACUUAGACGCCGCAGCCACCGUCAAAGGCACGAUGAAACAAUUCUGGGCACCGCUCCUCCUCCCAUCUCUAUCUUCCGAGACAAUCACCCGCGCAAUCGCCUGGGCCGCGGGGAUCCAGGCGCUCGACGCCUCGCUGGCCGACUGCACGUAUGUGGUUUUCGAGGUGCUGAGUUCGCGCGAACCAACCUCGAUUUCAAGCACGGCGUGGCCGCGUCCACGCACCGGGAAACACAUAUUGCUUCUGGGCACGGGGUGUCCGGGCGACGCUGGGUCCGAGGAAGAGGAGCUCGCACGGGAGUUGGCGGUCGAUGCGCCGCGUCAUGUCCUGCCGAGGGAUCAGGAGGCGUGGGUUUUGCCGAGUGCGGUUGAGGAGUUUCAUGAUGUGCGGAAGAUAUACGGACCGCAUUUUGAGAGGUUGAGGGGGUUGAGGCGGAGGUAUGAUCCGCGUGGGAGGUUUAAGGGGUUGAUUCGUGUGGAAUAG